AUGGAUGAUGAGGAAGAGGUGACUAGGAUGGAUACCUUGGCUGCCAGAAGCCAGGAGGUCAAUAAAAAGAUGGAGCUUAGAAAGCUGUUUGAAUUGGAGGUGCAACAGAGAGAAGAUGAGCUAGCAAAGAGAGAGGAAAUGGGGAGGUCAUCGCAGCAGCAUCCCAGUACAACAGGUGACAACCACAUGGGAGAGGAAGAAAGGGAAGAGGAUAUCUCUAUUUUGAAAGCAGUACAAGAUCAAAUACAGAAUCAUCCUCAAGAUGCCGGCAACACUCCUUCAGCAGCAGCUGGUCUAGAGGACCAUCCCAGCACAAAAGGCGACGACUCCACGGGAGAGGAAACCAGAGAAGACGAAGAAAAGGAAGGAUGCUUUUGUUUCGAAGGCAGUACAAGAGCAAAAAAGCAAUCUUCUUCAAGCUACGAACAAAAGUCCGUCAUGUCCAGAUGACCGUCCCAGCACAACAGGCGACAAGUCCGCAGGAGAGGAAAUUGGUCUCGAGGACGAGCUUGCUGC